UCUCUCUCUCUCUCUACUCUUACUUUAUCCACAAUUUUCUUUUGUUAGCUCUUUUUCCGGGGAAAAUCUGAUGAUCUCUGAAGACCGAUCUUGAUAUUUUUCGUGAUUUCUUUUAUCAUAUUUUUCAUAAUCAUACACUAACAAACUGCAGUCCUUGGAAGAAUUUAUUGCAGUGUUCAACUUCAAACCAAGAUAGUAGGGAGACUUGUAUAUAUACAUUUUGAUUCAGUCAAAACUUUCCAAUAUUUUCAUUCCCAUUUUUGCUACUCAUUGGAAGCCAUGCAAAUCUUGCAUUUCAUCAUCUCUUGACCUAUCAUAGCCACCGUAAACUGAAACACUAAAAAGGAUCAUCAAAUCAAGCAGCAGAGACACCAUCAUCAUCAACAAGCUGUCUGAAAAUGGAGAUGAUUUCCACAGAAAACAACCCGAAUAUUAUCUACCCGAGCCUCAUAGUUACCAACAACAUCAGCAGGAGCACCGCAACCAAGCCUCCAAUGACCGCUCCGAGUCGCUACGAGAACCAAAAGCGAAGAGAUUGGAACACAUUCUGCCAAUACCUGAGAAACCAUAGGCCUCCAUUGUCACUCUCAACGUGUAGUGGAGCUCAUGUCCUCGAGUUCCUUAGGUAUCUGGAUCAAUUCGGCAAGACCAAAGUCCAUAACCAGACUUGCCCUUUCUUCGGCCUCUCGAACUCUCCCGGUCCUUGCCCUUGUCCCCUUAGACAAGCCUGGGGAAGCCUCGAUGCGCUCAUAGGUCGACUCCGGGCUGCUUAUGAGGAGCAUGGAUGUGUUCCUGAAAUGAACCCUUUCGGAGCUCGAGCUGUUAGGGUUUUCUUAAGGGAGGUUAAGGAGUUUCAGUCCAAAGCAAGAGGAGUUAGCUAUGAGAAAAAGAGAAAGAGAGCUAAGCAGAAUGUUGCUGCGUUGCCGUCAGCUCCGCCGCCGGCGACAGUUGACGACAAGUAAGUAGCAAACUAAAGAUAUUUAAUAUCUUAACG